UAAACCGACGACCAAGGGCAAAUUCGGCAUUCAACCAAAACCCUAAGACACCACGUUUAUAUAGUUAGAGUCGUGUCUGCUUCGUUUUUCUUGUAUACCCCUGGAGCUGGUGCGCCUUUCAGCACUGUCUCUUAUUCUUCUCUCGGCGGCCUUUCUAGGUCACCGGCUUGGUUACAAAAAUGGCUGAUGGAUCGCAGCAUCCGUCAGUAUUUCAAAAAAUAUAUGGGCAGUCUCACCUUGUCUCUAGGCUUUCCCCUGACAUGCAUUCCAGAAAUUAUUGUGGGAAUGGUGGAUAUGCAAAUGUAGGUUUGCUGAGUCAUGUGCAGCCUACAUGCCCAAGCACUGGCCUUGCACAUGUCUCGCCUCUGUCUCCCAUAUUUGUGCAAGCACCAGCAGAGAAAGGUGCUGUUGGUUUUGCUGUUGAUUUCCUCAUGGGAGGUGUUUCUGCUGCCGUUUCCAAAACUGCAGCUGCUCCUAUUGAACGUGUUAAGUUGUUAAUCCAGAAUCAGGAUGAGAUGAUUCGGGCUGGUCGACUCUCUGAACCAUACAAGGGAAUCAGUGAUUGUUUUGCCCGAACUAUUAAGGAUGAAGGUGUUAUUUCCCUAUGGAGAGGAAACACUGCUAAUGUCAUCAGAUAUUUCCCCACUCAGGCUCUGAACUUUGCUUUUAAAGAUUACUUCAAGAGGCUUUUCAACUUCAAGAAAGACAAAGAUGGCUACUGGAAGUGGUUUGCUGGUAACUUGGCAUCAGGAGGUGCUGCUGGUGCAUCAUCACUCCUUUUUGUGUACUCUUUGGAUUAUGCCCGAACCCGUUUGGCUAAUGAUGCCAAGGCUGCCAAAAAAGGUGGUGAGAGGCAGUUCAAUGGUUUAAUUGAUGUUUACAGGAAGACCCUAAAGUCUGAUGGUAUUGCUGGGCUAUAUCGUGGUUUUAACAUUUCAUGUGUUGGAAUUAUUGUGUACCGAGGACUCUACUUUGGAAUGUAUGAUUCUCUGAAACCUGUGAUUCUCACUGGUUCUUUGCAGGAUAGUUUCUUUGCUAGUUUCUUCCUGGGUUGGUGUAUCACAAUUGGUGCUGGAUUGGCUUCUUACCCUAUUGAUACAGUCCGUAGAAGAAUGAUGAUGACAUCUGGAGAAGCUGUUAAAUACAAGAGCUCUUUGGAUGCUUUCAGUCAAAUCCUCAAGAACGAGGGUGCUAAAUCACUCUUCAAAGGUGCUGGUGCAAACAUUUUGCGUGCCGUUGCUGGUGCUGGUGUUCUCGCUGGCUAUGACAAGCUUCAAGUCGUGUUUUUUGGAAAGAAAUAUGGAUCUGGUGGUGGUGGCUAAUGGAGUAUCAUUUUAGUUGAUGACGAAAAUGUAGAGUGAAUGUUUAAGGUGUCUUUUUGAGUAUAAUAAUUUUGGAGUGAACAACACUGGCUCUUUGUGUUUUCGGUAGGGAUCUGUUGUCAGUAAAUCAUAGAUACAAAACCUGAACUUUAGCUGAGUGUUAUAUUUGCUUGGGCUUUUGAGCGGUGUAGUAUCAGUAUUCUCUUUUGGUUUUAAAAUAAUUUCAGUGAUUUAUGAUCACAACUGUUUUAUAUACAUCUUUAAAGUAUUGCAUUGA